AUGGCUCUGAAGCGACUCCAGCCGUAUGCCCAAAUCAUCGACGGCGAGAGAAGGUGCCCCAUUGCACCGCCGGAAUCCAUGAGAAAGGGUCUGAAAUUCGUGGCGCAGAAAGGGGACCUUUUGCAGGUGUCGUAUUUCAGAAGCGGAACUAACUGGGUCCAGUACAUCGUUCAACUCAUCCUCAGUGGAGGCGAGCCGACAAACAACUACGAGGAGUUCCUAAGACGAGCCACCAUCGUCGAAUAUCACCCACACAUAGAGGAACACAAGACCGACGCACCACUGCGGACUCUUCGCACACACCUUCCACUGACCUUGGAAAAACUGAACCCUGAGGCGAAGUACAUCUAUGUGGCCCGAAACCCUUGGGAUGUCUGCGUGUCGCUCUACCACUUUGUGACUUCGCUUAGCUGCUAUCGCUUUCAAGACGGCACAUUCGACGAUCUCCUGGAGGCAUUCUUGACUGAAUACCUUCAUUGCGGCUGUUACUUCGAACACCUGGUGGCCGGUUACUCGAUCAAGGACGAGCCCAACGUUCUGUUUCUCACCUACGAAGAGCUGCAUAGAGACAUACAGGAAGUGGUGCUUCGCGUCGCCAGCUUCAUCGGCGAGCCUUACUUGAAAGCCCUAAUGGAAAAUGGAGCGGAAGGGCACAAGCUGUUGGACGUUAUCAUCAAAAACAGCAGUGUGGAGAGCAUGAGAAAGGCUAUGGUCUUCAACUUCAGCGGGCACUCUUUGCCAGAGGUAGACAAGCACUUUAAGAACCUUGAUAUCACUACAACUUCAGAUUUUGAAGGAGACAACAAAAGCUAUAAUUUUGUGAGAAACGGUAAGAUGGGAGUAUGGAAGCAGCACUUCUCUCCCGAGCAGCUGCGACGUAUGGAAGCCGCCAUUAGAGCAAAGACGACUGGUUCUAGCGUUAUGGACCUUUGGAGUGACAUACGCGCAGAGGCUUUACGGAUGAGCCGAGCUUAACUGUAUGGCGGAAUCAUUCGCACACCUGUAAAAUGGAACAGCGUGACAUUUUUCAUCAUGUGGUGAAGAACGGCACGUUGUUCGC